CGCCGGACGGGCCGCAGGUUAAUGAUCCACCCGGGCAGCGCUCUCACUGGAGCCGGCCCAGCUCGGACCCCCUUUCACUGCAGGAUGUCGGCGAAGCGCGUGUGUGUGUCGGACUUCGAGGCGGACGCCAAGAAGAUACUUCCCAAAGCUGUGUACGAUUAUUACCGCUCAGGUGCAGAAGAGGAGGCCACUCUGGGCGAGAACGUGGCCGCCUUCAGGAGGUGGUCCCUGCUCCCACGCGUCUUGAGGGACGUCUCCUCGGUGGACACCAGCGUCCGGGUGCUGGGUCGGAGCCUCAGCAUGCCGGUGUGCGCCGCCGCCACAGCCAUGCAGAGGAUGGCGCACGCUGAUGGGGAAGCAGCCACGGCCAGAGCGUGCAAGGCGGCAGGAACCGGCAUGAUGCUGAGCUCGUGGGCCACGUCCUCCGUGGAGGAAGUGAUGUCGGCCAUGAGUGAGGCGGCGGGCGGCGGCAGCAACGUCCUGUGGCUGCAGCUCUACAUCUACAAAGACCGAGAGCUGUCUCUGUCCCUGGUGCGCCGGGCCGAGGAGGCGGGCUACGCCGGUAUCUUCGUCACCGUCGACACCCCGUACCUGGGCCGCCGCUGGGACGACAUGCGCAACCGCUUCCAGCUGCCCCCCCACCUCAGCAUGGCCAACUUCUCUGGCGCCGCCCUGGCCUUCUCCGAGGGGAACUACGGGGACGACAGCGGCUUGGCGGUUUACGUGUCCAAGGCCAUCGACCCCAGUCUGAGCUGGGAGGACAUCGCCUGGCUGAAGAGCAACACACACCUGCCUGUGCUGGUGAAGGGCAUCCUCAACGCUGAAGAUGCGGUCCAGGCUGUCACUCAUGGUGUGGACGGCAUCCUGGUGUCCAACCACGGCGCCCGACAGCUGGACGGAGUUCCUGCCACGCUGGACGUGCUGGAGGAGGUGGUGAGCGCCGUGCAGGGCCGCUGCGACGUCUUCGUGGACGGCGGCGUGAGACGAGGGACGGACGUCCUGAAGGCGCUGGCUCUCGGGGCCAAGGCCGUGUUCGUGGGGCGCCCGGUGCUGUGGGGCCUGGCGUGUCAGGGGGAGCAGGGCGUGCGGGAGGUGCUGGAGCUGCUGAGGGAGGAGCUGCGACUGGCCAUGGCUCUGGCAGGCUGUCGCUCGCUGGCUGAGAUCAGCAAGUCGCUCGUCAGGAGGAGCCAGCUCAACUCCAAGGUCUGAGGCACGGAAAUGCGUGAUCAGCCAGGAGAACAGUCUUCACCCCGGAGCGGUCAUCGGGAAAUCAUGCCAAAUAAAACCAUCGCCACCAUUGUCCUGAACGUGUCCAGUCAUCCCAGCUGUGUGUGUGUGUGUGUGUGUUUGUGUGUGUGCGCAUGCGCUCCUUGUGUCGCUGGAGAAACACCGACUUGUGCUGACUGGGUCAUGACACCUCGGAUACGAUGACAGAAUACUGCAGAAGGCUCAACCAGAGGCUCUGCUCGAGUGUAUGUUCUCUCACAGUUUGUUGUGUUGUGUUCUCAUGUCAUUUGUGAUGCUUUGUUCAGGUAUUUGUCAUGAUGUGUAGUCAGUUGUGGUGAUGUCAUAUUUCUUCAUGUCAGAACACCUGAUAUCAUAGUUUAUACUUUGUGAUAUUAAAGGUUUAGUCAUUUAAUAGUCAAGUAACAUGCGCAUGUUUAUAAUGGAUUGAAGUAAGUAGUUAUGUAGCCUGUAAUGUUGUCAUGUUAUGUCAUUUAUCAUGUUUAUGCAGUUAACUGGUUUUAUGUCAAAUUCUCUGUAAUACCAAAUGACAUAACAUGAUGAACAUGGCAAAUGUCAUAACAUGGCAAAAAAAAUAUGAAAAACUACAUGGUGCAUAACAUAGCAAAAAAAAAAAAAAAGAAACUACACAACAUGACAAAAAUCAUAACAUGACAAAAAAUAACAAUAAUUACAUGGCAACCUACAUAACAUGAUAAAAGUCAUAACAUGAUGCAUAACAUGACAAAAAAAAAUCAUGACACACUUCAUAACAUGACGCAUAACAUGACGCAUAACAUGACGCAUAACAUGACACACUUCAUAACAUGACACACUUCAUAACAUGACGCAUAACAUGACACACUUCAUAACAUGACACAUAACCUGACA